UUUCAAGUAGAUUCUAGAUCUAGUAUCAAGUUUAGAAAUCGUGGAACCUACGGAAUGGCGACCGACGCUGGCCAAGAUAAAGAAUACAUCAAUUAUGUUGCAAAGAUGAGAUUUUCGAAAGAGAUGAUCAACAAAGAAAACACAAUACGUUAUAAAAUAUGGCCAAACAGGUGUGGUUUUAUCAUGCCCAUUUAUCAUGAAAUGAAUUUGAAGCUGGACCAGGGUAGACUUAAGCCUUUACCCUCAUCAACAGUGCGAGUCACUGCUGCAGACUUUGCUCAUUUGUGGCCUCUCUCCGCAACUCAAAGUCAAAAGCCAAAGUCAUUGAUGCCUCAGACUCAUGCUCAGUUGAUUGGCUGGAAGGCUGGGAACAGUAUAGUGGAGACCACAGACAAGUGGGUCAAACCUGCCAGCAGGUACAACAUGUACAAAGAUUUGGGCUGGGGUGUGGACUCCCUCUGGUGAUACCUGGCCACUGGUGGUGGGGUGUGGACUCUCUAUGUUGAUACCUGGCUCACUGAUGGCUCAAUCAUUUCAUCUUAGGAUUCUUAGUUGAAAUAGGAGAUUUUUAUCUUAUCUUAAGAGCUUAAAUGUUUCUAUAUAAAAACUGAAUGACAAUGUUAUGUGGGAAUCUUAAGAAUACAUCAUGAAUUAUUAAUUAUAUAACUCAUUUCAAUUAUUAACUUUCUGCAUUUGGUAUUAAUUAUUUAACAGUGACUGUUGAAAGGAAAAUUAAAAAUAGCUAUCCUAAAAAUGUUGAUGGUUUAAAAAAAAAUUUAAAUGUAUGAUUAUUUACUUUAUUUUCCUGGUUAAUUUUUUAAAUUCAUUUAUGUGUACAAGUGUUUAAACUGAAGGAGAUUAAAAGUAAAACCAAUAAUUCCUGUUUUACUUUUUAAAAUGCAAUUUUAGGCUAUUUUUUUAAAAACAUUUGUUCAUACAAAAUUGUAAUGAAUAAUCCCAUUUAUUUUGACCCCCCUCAACAUUUUGAUUUUGUUAUAAGCAACCCCACAUAAAACAAAUUGUGUAAGAUAAUAUAGGUGAAUUAUUUUAAAUUUGUUUUGCUAAAUGUUUUUUUAUUGAGUAGAGCAGACACAAUCACAAAUAGCUGAUAAGAUAGAGAAGGAAGUAAUGAGGCAUUCUGUUUAACCAUUACAAUUAGCAGACAUUUUAGCACACAACAUCUACCCAAGCUAGUCUUUCAAAAAAUAAAGAUUCACACUUACAUCCAACUGACAUGAAUGAUAUUGUUAAUGCAUGUACAAAAAUCAUCUUUGACAGCUCAUGUCCCUGACACAAAACACAAAAUUGUCUUGACAAUUAUUGUCACAUUGUUAUUGCAAGAUUAAAACAAAAUGAUAAAACCAGAACUUCUAAAGUUGAAAUUUCACACACAUACAUAAAUGUGAUCUCAAUUUGAUGGACAUCAAAUUGUUUAUAGCAUUAAAAUAUUGUACAGCAGAGCAGAGAUUGUGCUAGAAAUUUUACUUGAACAGAUCAUAAUUUCAGCAUUGAUUUCAUCCAAAAGUUGAACUGAAAUGUAAACAAACAAGAUACAGCAAACUAGUCAUGAACUGUCACUAAAAGUCAACUAUACCAGUGGCACUAUAUGAUUAAAGAAAGUAUGUUUUCAUAACAUAACAGUCAUUUCUAAACAAAGGUUUCAGCCACUCACAAUUCCAUUAGUAAAUACAAAUAGCUUAGAUUAUAAGCCAUGUUUUUUUCCAUUCCCAAGGUGGUGUUUUUU